AUGGAGGAAGCAAACUGUUCUGUGACGCCUGAGUUUAUUUUUCGUGGACUUUGUGAUUCAAGGGAGCUGCAGACCUUCUUCUUACUGCCAUUUUCUGUACUCUACCUGAUGACUUCUGUGGGCAACCUCCUUGUCGUGUUCUUAAUCAUCAAUGACCCUCAUCUUCAUUCUCCAAUGUACUUCCUCUUAGCCAAUCUUUCAUUUAUUGAUUUCUGUCUUUCCUCAGUAACCACCCCUAAACUGACCACAGACUUUCUAAUGACUAAUAAGACCAUCUCCUUUGGGGGCUGCAUGGGACAGAUCCUCUUUGUACAUUUCUUUGGAGGAGGUGAGAUGGUGCUGCUUGUGACAAUGGCUUAUGACCGUUAUGUGGCCAUCUGCAAGCCACUCCAUUACUCCAGCAUCAUGGACAGACAGAGGUGCAUCUGUCUAGUUCUGAUAUCAUGGAUCAUCGGCUUUGUGCAUGCCAUGAGCCAACUAGCUAUGAUUUUAGACCUGCCCUUCUGUGGACCCAGAAUAGUGGACAGCUUUUUCUGUGAUAUUCCUUUGGUGAUCAAGCUAGCCUGCACAGAUACACAUACUCUGGGAAUAUUGAUAAAUGCUGACAGUGGAGUCUUGGCAACAACCUGCUUCAUUCUUUUGUUGACCUCCUACACCUAUAUCCUCAUAACUGUCCGCCUUCACUCUAAGGAUGGGGCAUCAAAGGCACUCUCCACCUGUUCUUCCCACAUCACAGUGGUAGUGCUGUUCUUUGGACCCUGUAUCUUCAUCUACCUGUGGCCACUUAGCAUCACUUGGGUGGACAAGUUUCUUGCUGUGUUUUACACAGUAAUCACACCUCUCCUGAAUCCAGCGAUUUAUACGCUGAGAAACAAAGAAAUUAAGAAUGUCAUAAAGAGACUGAUAAAUCAGCAUAAGGCUUCAAGGGAUAAUUUUUAG